AUGGAGGAACACGACUUACUGAUCGUCGCCGACGGGACGGCGUCCAUGAGAUUGUAUCUACAAUCCCUCAACACGUCGCUGCCUCAGAUUCUGUCAGUUUCCGCUCUGACUGGAUGUUUCUCGCGGAUCGGAAUCCUGGUUUACCGGGAUUACUCCUGCGACCGUCUCCUGGAAUGGUCGGGAUGGGUGAACCCCCAUGAACGUCCGGAGACAAGGGCAGGAAAGGACCAGCCCGAUCUCAUUGCCAUGGCCAAGGGCCUUCAAACCCAGGGAAACACCGAUACACCCGAGGCCGCAAAAACGGGGCUAGCCAAAGCGUACGAGCUGAUGAGACCCAAUGCGAAAACCCUUAUUCUUCUCUACACGGACGCGCCUCCGCACUGGAUGGACCCCGACAGAAAAUGGUCGCAAAACACGAUCCAAGAAAAGGAAGCCCUCGAAGUGACGGAUGCAUAUGGGGGAUUUGGGCCAUCAUUCGUGGACUGGGUGUCGGCAGCACGGUGCUUGGUUUCGGGAGAGAAACAGGCAACCGUAUUUGCAAUCGUGUCCAGCGACGCGGACCCAAAAACGGUAGCAUGCUAUAACUACCUCUCGGCAGCAACCGACGGAGCGUGCGUACAUCUCAGCUACCACGGACAGAGCGCACACAGAAUCUACAAAGUCACCGUGGACAUGGUCUUGGCGUGGAUGGGAGUGGCACAAGACUCGGCCUCUACCUCCACCGAACAUUCUACUGGCCGUUUGCUGCAUUACGUCUCGACUAAAGGCAUGGAUGAGCUCCGUAGUGAGUCGGAUGAAGCGGCGAGAUUAUUCUUCCAGAGCUCUAACCGAUCCCCAAUGGAUUUUAGUAACACCCGGAGCGUGGAACUGGAUUACGAGAAUUUACGCCUGUACCUACCCAGGAAGCCCGCGCCCGUACACGACUUCGCCCAACGGUGGCAGUCAGAUCCAGCGUACAAGAUCAUGGCCGUGGAGCAUUUGAUGAGGAUCGUCAAGGAGGACGUUCAAGCAAUUACCCUGAACCCCGUAUUUGGCGGCCUGUGGAGAGCCGUAUGCGCGGAUCGCAAAUACUCUCGCCGACAAGAGAUUCUCGAUGCCUUCAGCGCCAGUCUCGACCAACUAACGGAUGCGGGGAUAAAAGGGGAGAUAAGGACAUGGCUAGAGGAGUCAUACGACCGGAGCGCUGAACUGGCGGAAAUUAUCAACACUGUCCCGACAGAGGAGAGAUAUCCCUGCGUUUUUCUCGAUCCCACACUGAAAUUUGGGGACGAUAGUGACUCGAUGACACCACUGACGAGGCCCCAACUGCUGGAGAUUGGCCGUUCUUGUAGCGGCGAUGUUCUUCGACGACUGGGGCGCGUCCUGGCUCAAUUGACAUACGUGGAGUCGGCCAGGGACAUGCCGGAACACAUCGCUGCUACCGGCAUCGACCAAGUGGCCCGCAUACCACUCUCCCUAGCAAGCUAUGAACACGACCGACAGUUCUGGAAAGUACUCUUUCACCUGAUUGUCCCAGGAACCAAGUUAUCCGCCCGUCCCGCGGCCCUUGUGGCCGCCCUCUCCCUUAGGUUGGGAUUCACGCCUCUUGCUGCAGUGGCGGAACAAGAGGUAUUGAGCUUCCGCGAUAAGUGGAGUGAUAUGUCAGUCCCCGAGAACUGGACCAUUGAUUGCCUGAGCUUGCUCUUGGAUGCCGAUGACACAUACCGAAGCCAGUUCGAACAGGGCGCGUCUGGGAUCGGGGAGGAAAGAGGACUGGGCCGCCCACGGCAGCUCCUGAACACCGUAGACCGGACGUUGUUUCAGCAACUGAUCGCCUUUAAGAUAGUGGAAAGUAACCUAGAUGCGCCUCUCACUGCUCGAGUGCCCUGGACCCCGGACAAAACGAAGGCUAGCAUUGGGCCACUGGUGUUCUGCCAGUCAUGCCAAUACCCGCGGUCUGUUACAAUCAUGGGAGACAGUGAAAUCUGUGGGCUUUGCCUUGCAGAAGACUAUCAGAGUGAGCAGGAAAAAGAAGUGCGAAUCCAAGGCCAUGUUUCACGCGACAUGACUACCGGCUCGGAUGCAACUUGGGUUGAAUGCAUUGAACCGAAGUGCCGGGGUCAGUACGUGGUCUACAACCCAGAGUGCCUGGGCGUCCGGGCGAAAUGCCACUAUUGCCGCUUCAGUGGGCCUCCUCAAAGUCGACGCCCAAGCCCCGUGGUGGAAUGCCACAAGUGCCUAAACCGGAUGAUCUGGCCUCAUGCCUACCGACCGGACUCCUUUACUGAAGACGCGUUCGCCUGCCCCCAUUGCGAGUCCGGCCUCCCAACAACGAUAGAGCUUGGUGUGACGGCACGCCAGAUAGCUGCCGAAAACACCUUGGCUUGGUUGAUCCGUGAUGCCAUGAAUCCAGACCGCAGCCCCUUCACCGGCCGCUCCUUGUUCAAUACCAUCUCUGCUAUGGGAACAGAUGGCUUUCUGUCCCGCAUUGCACUCUUCCCUCCACAUGAGAGAGCCCUGACCCAAUCUGCCAAGCCGAUCCGAAAUGCUGCAGACCUUCUAUCCACGCUCCAAGAGUUCGUGACUAGCCGCAAAACGAGCGGGGUGGACUGUUCUCUAUGCUUCUCUACGUUCCGCCCGGAUACUCUGCAUGCAGCCUGUGGGCGGCGAGGUUGCGGACAGCGGAUAUGCACUGCCUGCAUGACCAGUUGGUACGGGCUCAAUGGCCCAGGUCGCAUCAUUAACCCGGCCGCGCUGGGGUGUCCCUUCUGUCGCCGACUUCCGACGGCGCGGACCCUCUGUAAAUACGGCAUGGGAAUCCAUGCAGUGCAAGGGUUGGGCGAUGCGGUUCGCGAUCAGGGAAUGUGGAUCUACGCGUGGUGCGGCGACUGCGGGAGCGCGAAGCAGUACCUCGAACGCACUUGCGCGCGAGAGGCCCCACCGGUUCGAGCGGACUGGUCGUGCGAAGAAUGUGUCGAUAAGCAAGAGCGUCAGCGGAUCCGCACCGAACGAGAUUUGGCGGAGAUUAUGGCAGAGACUGGGAUGUCAAAAGAUGCGGCGGAAAGGGUCAGCAUGAUCAAGCCGUGUCCGCAGUGCGGCACGAUGACCCAUUGCGUCUCGGGCUGUGGGCACAUCCAGUGUCCGGUGGAAGAGUGUGGCAGUCACUGGUGCUACUUUUGCGGGGACAGUUAUGCGGGGGAUAUCAUCUACGACCACAUGCAUGACGUGCACGGGGGAAUCUACGUCGCCGAGACGGAUGAUGAGGAUACGGAUCUUGAGUAGCAUACAUACCUUUUGUAUCCAGCGCAAAACAACUUCUGCCGUUCACUGAACCAUUUGACCACGAUUAAUGAAUUGUCU